UUCCUCUACGUCCCCCCCCUGAGUUCCCCCCCCCCUCCCCGUGACCUCGUGGCUGCAGCUGCUCGGGCUCUUCCUUUGAGCCUAGCCUGGCCCUACCCGGAAUGGCCGCAGGGGGCUCAGGAACUGCCUCCCUGGAGGUGGUGACCUUCAGGGAUGUGGCUGUGGACUUCACCCAGGAGGAGUGGGGCUGCCUGGAGCCCUGGCAGAAGCAGCUGUACCGGGAGGUGACACUGGACAACUACAGGAACCUGCUGUCCCUGGCAGGGCUGCCAGGCCCGGGAGCAGAUGUGAUCUCACAGGUGGAGCGAGGGGAGACCCCGGGGGAGCUGCCUGGAGGAGGCACCGAUUGGGAGGCUAGGCCUGAAACCAUUGAAUCUCCUCCAAAGAUGGCCAUUUCUAUGGAUGAAUCACUGCAGGAAAGUCAUUCAUGCGACAGCCACUGGGACUUCAAGUUGGAAGAAGGCUGGGAAUAUAAUGCCAAGUUAGAAACGAAGCAGAAAAACCAAGAUUAUCAUUCAAGGUCAUUGAAAGUUACCUCCCAGAAAACUCUUCCUGAAGGGCAAAGUGAUGAAUGUCAUAAAUUUGGGGGAAACUUCAGUCUGGAGUCAUUUAUUUCUCUACAACAGAAAGGUCCUGUCAGAGAGAGCCAACAUGAAUGUCAUACAGAUGAAAAAAACUUUAGGCAAUAUUCAAACCUAGUUAAACAUACAGAAAUCAACUCAGAUAAUGCACUUUCUAAUUAUAAUAAAUGGAGGAAAUGCUUUGGUUAUCAGUCAGACCUUACUCAUUUUCAUCAGAAGUCUACUGCAAAGAGAAUAUAUGAAAAUAAUCAGUGUGAGAAAGCUAUUACCUGGAACACAGACCUUAUUGGACACCAGAAGAUUCACAUUGGAGAAAAGCCGUAUAAGUGCAAUGAAUGUGGAAAGGCUUUCAGCCAGAGCACAAAACUUAUUUACCAUCAGAAAAUUCAUACUGGUGAGAAACCCCAUAAAUGUAAUGAAUGUGGUAUCUCCUUCAUGCAUCACUCCUCCCUUACUUACCAUCAGAGAUUUCAUACUGGAGAGAAAGCUUAUGAAUGUAAUCAGUGUGGGAAGGCCUUCAGCUGGAGCACUGAUCUUAUUAGACAUCAGAGAAUUCAUACUGGAGAGAAGCCUUAUAAAUGUAAUGAAUGUGGGAAGGCUUUUAUCCAGAAUACAAAACUUAUUUAUCAUCAGAAGAUUCACACUGGAGAGAAACCCCAUAAAUGUAAUGAAUGUGGCACAGCCUUCAUCCAUCACUCAUCUCUUACUUAUCACCAGAGAGUUCACACUGGAGAGAAACCUUAUGAAUGUAAUCAAUGUGGGAAGGCCUUCAGGCGCAGCACAGACCUGAUUAGACAUCAGAAAAUUCAUACUGGAGAAAAACCUUAUAAAUGUAACAUAUGUGGGAAGGACUUCACUCAAAGCUCAUCACUUACUGUACAUCAGAGAAUUCAUACUGGAGAAAAACCUCAUAAAUGUAAUGAGUGUGGCAAGGCUUUCAGUGAACACUCAUCCCUUAUUUGCCAUCAGAGAAUUCAUACUGGAGAGAAAUCUUAUGAAUGCAAUCAAUGUGGGAAGGCCUUCAGGCAGAGUGCAAACCUUACUGUACAUCAAAGAAUUCAUACUGGAGAGAAACCUCAUGAAUGUAACGAAUGUGGUAAAACCUUCAUCCAACAUUCAUCUCUUAUUUACCAUCAGAGAAUUCAUACUGGAGAGAAAUCUUAUGAAUGUAGUGAUUGUGGAAAGGCCUUCCGACGGAGCACUGACCUUAUUCGACAUCAAAAGAUUCAUACUGGAGAAAAGCCUUAUAAAUGUAAUGAAUGUGGGAAGGCCUUCAUCCGGAGUUCUUCCCUUUCUGUACAUCAGAGAAUUCAUACUGGAGAGAAGCCUUAUGAAUGUAGUCACUGUGGACAGGCCUUCAGUUGGAGUAGAGACCUUAUUAGACAUCAGAAUAUACAUACUGGAGAGAAGCCUUUUAAAUGUAAUGAAUGUGGGAAAGCCUUUACCCGGAGCUCCUCCCUUACUGUACAUCAGAGAAAUCACACUGGAGAGAAACCUUAUGAAUGUAAUCAAUGUGGGAAGGGCUUCAGCAGGAGCACAGAACUUAUUAGACACCAGAAAAUUCACACUGGAGAGAAGCCUUAUAAAUGUAAUCAGUGUGGGAAGGCUUUCAGCUGGAGUACAGACCUGAUUAGACAUCAGAAAAUCCAUACUGGAGAGAAGCCUUAUAAAUGUAACGAAUUCAACCCAAUUCCAUUUAAUGAACAUUUAUUGGCCUACUUUAUGCAAAGUACUAUGCUAGACAAUGGGGAUCCAAAAACAGAAAUGAUGCAAUCCCUGACCUCAGCGAACUUACAUUCUAUUGGGAGGAACAGUAUGUACCCAAAUAACUAAAUAGAGUGUGAUUUCUGGGGCUAAAAGCAAACUUCUAAGAGAUCAGGAAAGGCUUCCUACAGGAUGUGAUCCUUGAGCUGAGCUUUCCAGAGAGCUAGGAUUUCCCAGAGGGAUCACUGAGGAGGGAGAGCUUCCAGACACAGAGGUAGAAAAUCUAGGGUUGUGAAUUUGGAAAGGGCUUUACUCAAAGCACAAAUCUUGCUGUCCUUAAGAGAGUUCAGUGCUGUAUGAAACUCCAUUAAUUAGUACUCCUUCCUUGUUUACCAUCCAAGAAUUCAUCCCAAGAAGGAGAGAAGUUUCCCAGUUUUGCUGUUUGUGUUGAAAGCCUUUCCCCUUUUGAAACUAUAUUUUCAAUUAAAGGAACAUCUGUUCAAUGCAUACUUUUUAUGCACCAAACACUUCUAGAAGCUGAAAUGAUAAGGAAAACUAGCAGUUCCUGCUCCUAGGGAGUUUACCUUCUGUUUAGGUAGGGCCUCUACUUACAGAUAAGAGAAGAGACAAAGAUAAACAAACUAAUUUCAAGGGGAAGAAAGCUAAUAGUGAAGGGAGUCUGGAAAGGCUUCUUAUGGGAAGUGGUUCAUGAAUCAUGCUUUAGAAAAAACUAAGAUUUCUAAAAGAGAGGGGAAUGAGGAGAGAAUGCUUUCUAGAUGGAGGACACCACUUAUGCAAAAGCAUGUAAUCAAAACUGAGAAGUGCAUGGAGAACAUGUUGUAGACCAAUUUGUCCAGGAUGGAGAAUGUGUGAUGGGGAGCAUAAAAUUUGAAAGGUAGGUGGGAGGCACUGUGGGAAGCCCUCUGUGCUAGAUCAAGGAUUCUUUAUUAGAAAAUUAUGGAUAUUCUUACCAUGACUAUCCAAUUAUAGGAAGACAUAUUGAGAGAGGCAAUACUCCAUAGUAGGUAUAGAACUGGACUAGAUUCAGGAAGACCUAAGUUCAUAUCCUUCUCCUGAUGCUUCCUAAAUGGGGGUACCAUUAGCAAACCACUUAAUCUUCCAAGGCCUCAAUUUCCUUAUCCACAAAUCAGGUUUGAUAAAUCCAGAUGCACCCAUGUCUCCCAAGAUGGUUGUGAGGUAGUAGGGAGAUCUGUUCUGGAAACGUCUUUUUUUAAGUGGAAAGCAUGAUAUAAACAACAUUAAUAGCAUCCAUGAGAAAAUUGCCUAAUGUUCUUCAUGACUCCGCCUCACAGAACUGUGUUCCCACACUUGAGGAAAUAUAAGAGGGAAAAAGAUUUCACACUUGGCAGGCAGUUCUAUUGUUGAAAUCAUUACUUAUAUGUUCUAUGUAUUGUAGCCUUCAUUAUUGGCAGUCUCCCAAACAUUAUGUUCCAAAUUGUGUAUUACUGUAGUCACGACUCUGAAAUCAUCCUUUAACUAUCUGAUUUGGUCAUCUGAUCUCCAGUGUCUGCAUCUUUAAGAAUCUCCAGACAUUAUUGUCAUUAUAGUCCCUCUUCAACGUGCAGAUCACCUCCAAAAUUUGGAUUUUCAUUCUCUCCAAGUCCAAUGUGGGAAGAAUUCUUGGCGCUCUUUCUCACCUGUUCUGUUAUAUAACAAGUUUGCAAGAACUUAAUAUACCAGAAAUGAAAAUUAACAUAUCAAUUAGUUACAAAAAACAACCAACAAAACAAAUCCUAGAACAACCGAUAAAUUCAAACAGUUCCCUCAGUGUAUGAGGAUCAAGACUGCCAAGCCCCAAACUCAAUAUGUACUCUGUUGUACAACCUAGACUCUCCAUAUUCUUGGCCACAAAUCACACUUUUCCAAGUCUUUGUUUCAUCUUUAUAUUCUCUGAAUCCCAAAGUGCUCAUCCCCAAAUGAGAGUAGGGAAAGGCUGCUGCUCCUCUGUGAUAUGUGUUCAGUAAAUACCAGAAAUCCCAAACCAAUGAUAAUAUGUCAUUUAAGAAGCCAAUUAUUUCACUCAGAACCUCAAAAGAAGAUCCUACCCCUAGUGUGGGAUAAAAGUACAAUUUCAAUGAUCAAUUUAAAGCUUUUUCAUGAAAAUAGAUUGAGAGAAGCUAUAGAAUGGAAACCCAUCUUUCUCAAAUAUUCGAUCAUUUAAUUUCCAAAAUAUAUAGCGAACUGACUCAAAUAUAAAGCACAGGACCAUUCUCCAGUUGAUAAGUGGGCAAAGGAAUUGAAAUGAAGGAGAAAACUAUCACCAAAAGGGAAGAUACUCUCUGAAGUUAUCACUAAUUAAGAAUGCAAAUUGGCUAACCUCUUAAGUUUGACCUCAUGCCAGCAAACUGUCCAAUACAAAAAUUGUCCUUGUGGGAAAUUAGGCACAAUAAGUACACUAUUAACGGUACUAAGACUUGAACCCACUGUUCUGAAACAAUUCCAGACAAGUUGCUAAAUUGCUCAUUCCCUUUGAUCGCAGAGAAUCCACUGCUGUAAAGAAAGGUCCCCCAAAUACCAAAACAUCAAAAGCAACAUUUUGUGGUAUUAAACCUGGAAACAAAACGGGUAUCCAACAGUUGGGGACAUGGAUUUAAUGAAAUAUUAUUGCCCUAUACAAAAUGGCAAAUGAGCAAUUCAGAGAAGCUUGUAAAGAUGAAUAAAAUAAAAGCAGAACAAGUAGAAAUGCAUGUAAUGACUACCAUGCUUUUAAGUGAAAACACAAAAAGGCUGUUGAACUGAAAGGAUUCAUUUUAAUUCUAGAGUUCAGAUGAUGAAACCUUCUCUUCACUUAGUGGACAAGGCAAUGAACCAUGGAUCCCAAAUGUGGCAUACACCGACAAAUAAGGUUUCCAUAUUGGCCUUUUUCACUUGGUGAAUUUUUCUUUUUAUUAUGAAGAGUGCAUGUGGGUACAUGCAUAUGUGUGAAGCACAUAUUAACAAAUGAUAUCCUAAAAACAAAGAUGUCAAGAAAAUUAUUUUAAAAUAUAUCAAAAUCAAAUUAACAAAUUAGAAAAAGUAGAUCACAAUACAAGAGAAGUUAAGGAAUGACAUCUUCCUGUUAAUAAAUAUGAAAACUUCGAUGCGUCAACAUCUACAUAAAUGGAAAAUACCCCAUCAAUGUCACACAGAAAGUGAGUAAUGGUAGGUUAGCCACAGAAGGAGAAAAGAGAUUGUUAAAUAACUCUCCCAUAAAGAGAUACUAGAACUCACCCAUCAUAAGUGAAUUUUUUUCAUUUUUUGAAAGAACAUGUCAUACUUUCCAUUUUCCAAAGCCAAGAGAGAAUUCACGUGAGGUAAAAAAAAAAAAAUCAGCAAGAUCAUCAGAAGUUAUAAAACAUGAUAGAGGAUCCCCAGCAGUUUUUAAAAUAAUAUAGGAUUCACAGAAGCUAAAAGUGUCGAUGUGGGGUGGGAAGUAUAUCUAAUGUGCUGAAGGCCUUCUUUAGGGUCUUAGAUAUUAGUUGAAGCCCUCAGCUCUCUCUUGGGAACUCUGUGGUCUAUUGUUCUAUGGCUGCAUUUUUUAAUUUAGUUUUUCAUUUUUAAAAUAUUUUUCCAUGUUUACACAUUUUGUUUUCUUUCCCUCAGCAGCUAUGAUUAUUUUUGUACAAACAUUUUUCAUUAUUAUCUCUAGGGUAUAAACCUAGUAGCAGUAUGUCUGGAUCAAAGUGUAUGCAUUCUUUUAAAGCCCUUUGGACAUAGUUCCAAAUUGUAUGGCUGCAUUUUUAAAAAAUCAACAAUAACUACAAGAAAACUAUGUGUGCAGAGAUUGAAAAGAAAUUGCAGGAGCAUAAAGAACAAAUCAUUAAUAAUUUUAUUAAAGUUCAUAGAUUGUUUUGCUUUUUAAAAUCAAGAUGUAAAUGGUUUGGAUUUUACAAUUACAUGUUGAGAUCAAUUCUGUAUUCUGAUUGCUUGUUUGUAUUUCUUGAGUGUUGUUUAAAAUAAACUACUUUUAAAAA